UUAAUUAAAAAUAACGAAGAAAAUUUAUUAUUUUAAGUUUCAAUAUUUUUUACAUCUAUGAAAAUGAUUAUUUAAUAAAUCUUAUCUAUUUUUAAUAUCGACCGGAGAAAUUGCUAUUUGCAAAACACGCCCGAAUGAAUAGUUAUGUAUAGUUUUGAUUGUCAAACGAAAAAAGGUUGAAAUGGGCUCGUCUAGUUCUCAUUUUCAAGACACCGUUGCUCAAAUAAUGAGCGACGAUUCAGCAAUGAUGAACACUCUUCUUUCGGAUGAAAUCAACCGCUUAACCUACGAGGAUUUCUUGAAAAUAGUAGGAGAAUUGAAUCUACUCUCAAAGAAAUGCUUGGAUUCCAACGGAAAUCAACUGAUAUUCGCUGUGAAGAAGGACACAGAUUCCACAAUAUUUUGGAAAGCCACCGUUCAAAUAGCUUGCGUAAAAAUCGACCCAACAAACCAGACUGUUAAAACCUUCAGGCUCCUUUCGCUCAACGAAUUUAUAAAGGUUUUCAAAACCUUCAAGUGUCAAACGAUGGCUGUUGAACAGUGCGAAAGUAAUGUUCCUGAGGAAGACAUUACUAUAUCUGGAAUACUAGAGAAAGUAAAGGAAUCUAGCAUGGAUAGUCAAAGUAUAUGCUGCAUUUGCUACGAAAGGAAACAAGAAAUCCUCCUACCUUGCGCUCACAGCUAUUGCAAAAAUUGUAUAGAGGAAUGGAAUGAGAAUCACGAUACAUGCCCGAUUUGUAGAGAAAGAUUGGAUAGUACCGAUGAUGCUUGGGUGCUUUCAGAAGUACCUAAAGCCGAUGAAAUAAAUAAAGAAAUCAGGGAUAAUCUGCUGGAGUUGACGGAUAACGAUAGAUCAUCACCUUGCAUACCUUUUUGAAUGGUUAUAGACUCUCUUCUUACUCGAGACUUCAUUCAAAAUUAUUAGUAUUUCUCAAAAAAAUUAUUUGUUCAAUUCAGGCUGUGAUACAAUCAGUAAUUAUUUAAUUUUUUUGGUCACCUGACAAAAGCUUUAAUGUUAUAGAAGAAGGCGGUCUGUUCAAAACUAAUUUGUUAGGGUUAGUAAGAUGCAAUAGAAUUGCAGUGUCAUUCACAGAAUAAAUGAUAGUCUAUAGUAUACAAGUCAGUUUUUUAUGCUGAUGCUAGCACUUCUACAGUACAUCUGAUUUUUUAUCAAUACUUUUGUAAUUACUUUUUACAUUCUCUAUGUAGAGGCAUAUGGUAACUGUAAAAUUUUAAUUGCAAAUUAAUUAUUAUUUUAUGUUGUAAUGUUGUUUUUUAUUUUACUUAGAUUGUAAUAUGAAGGCAGAAUCCAUGAUUGUAGGUAUAUUGGGUGUCAAUUUUACAACCACUUAUGGAGCUAUUAAAUGAACUAUUUUACAUGGCUCCCUAAUAAUAAACUCAAAAAAUUUAGUUAGUCUUUCAAUAAACAAUGUUCGCUAAUUAAGUUUGUAUUUACUAUCGGAUCCUAAAUAAUUCUAAAUAUUCAAUAAUGACCUUAUAAAAAAAACUGGAGUUUGUGUUGGAUUGGAU